CUUCCGCGGCCUCCCAUCCAUCUUGGGCGGUCGCCGCGCCGUCGAGGGCCAGCCAGAGCUAGCUCGCCAUGGCGGCCGUCCAGUCCAACAGGGCCCACCCGCACCGCCGCUCCGAGGCGUCCUCCCCGGCGACCUCCGUGGCCGUGGCGGCGGCGAGAGCCGACGACGCUCAGCGCCAGCGUCGUCCGAGGGUGCCGGUGCAGGUCCGGGAGCAGGGCCCGCUGGCGGUGGGGCAUCAUCAUCCACACCACCAGCUGCGGCGGUCAGCGGCAUUCCCGCCGCGCCGCCCAGGUGCAGUGCCUGCAGUGCGCCGCCCUCCUCAGCGCUGCGACAGCGACCUCAACAUCAGGGAGCACCGCACCUGCAGCGAGGUGGCCGGCGGCACCGCGGCGGGCUGCGCCGCCGUGUGCUGCUGCUUCCCCUGCGUCAUGGUGGAGGUCGUGGUGCUCGCCACGGUGCGCGCGCCCGCGGCGCUGUGCCGUAAGGCCGCCCGCGUGCGCAAGGCUGGCCGGCGGCGCUCCGCUUCCGCGGGGCAGGCCACGGAGAUCUACGAGCUCCUCGUGGACGACGCCGCCGUCGUCGAGGUGGACGCCACGGGCGCCGCCGACGCGGCCGUGGCGCUGCCGGUGGUGAAGCCCGCCUUGGAGCUGGAGGACACCGGGGAGCUGGAGAAGGAGGUGUGGGCGAGGUUCUACGGCACCGGCUUCUGGAGGAGCCCGUCGCAGCUCGACGACUUGGACGACGACAGCAGCUGAUCGGAGCAGGCAGGCCCGCGAGCGAGCGACCAGCUCCUCCGGCGAUGCGUAGGCGUGCUUAUUAUUCUGCUUGCGGGUUCUUGGUUGGGUUUCCUUCGUUUUCCGCGGAAAGAAGAGAAGAUCGAGGAAAGGGAAACGUGAUUGUCUGUUCGAUACUACGAUUGCGAACUUCGUUUUCCUUCUUUUUUUGUGUUUGGUUUUUUGGAAGGGAAUAACAAUUCUCUUCUACCAUGCCACUGUAUAUGUAAUAAUAAAAUGUAUAUAUAUAUUUGUAUUAAAUUAAACAAUGUGAUUGAUGAUUGAAAAAAAAGGAAAUACUUGAGGAA